CACAUCAAAAAUCACCUUACGAAGCAUUUUUUGGAUUUAAAAUGCAUGGAGUUUAUAAUACACCUGGGGAAACAAUAGCUAUUCAAGAUAUUAACAACAACCAAGCUACCUUUGUGGUCUAUGCGAUGCAAUGUUCAUCGAAAAAAUUGGCUUUUGAAUCAGGAGAUAAGGUUACAAUUGCUUAUGAUCAUAAUAAUAACCAAAAAAUACGUAAACAAAAAUUGGAGCAAACUAGCAAUGCUACUGAAAAGGUAAUUAGUAUAUAUAAUAAUAAUAAGACAGUUCGGGUUGAAGUAGAUG